GCACAGCGGGCUGGGUCAGCGAAGGGAAUAUAAAGCCUGCAAGUGCUCCGCUGGCGCCGCACCACUCGCUCUAGCCUAGGCUGUGGGCCGAAGGAUUUCUCCAAAGCACUCCAAGGGUUGUCCUGGCAACCAGCUGCUCAGCCAAUCAGCACUUGGUACUACGAUCCGCCCUCAAUAUCUGGAGCCAUGGCGGCAAGAAGAGCGCUGAUUGUAUUAGCACAUUCAGAGAGGACAUCAUUCAACUAUGCCAUGAAGGAGGCUGCUGUGGAGGCUCUGAAGAAGAAAGGAUGGGUGGUAGAAGAAUCUGACCUCUAUGCUAUGAACUUUAACCCCAUCAUUUCCAGAAACGACAUCACAGGUAAACUGAAGGACUCGGAGAACUUUCAGUAUCCUUCUGAGUCAUCUCUAGCUUAUAAGGAAGGCCGCCUGAGCCCAGAUAUUGUGGCUGAACAGAAAAAGUUGGAAGCUGCAGACCUGGUGAUAUUUCAGUUCCCAAUGCAUUGGUUUGGGGUGCCCGCCAUUCUGAAAGGCUGGUUUGAGAGAGUGCUCGUAGCAGGAUUUGCCUACACUUAUGCCACCAUGUAUGACAAGGGUCCUUUCCAGAAUAAGAAGACCUUGCUUUCCAUCACCACUGGGGGCAGCAGCUCCAUGUACUCUCUUCAGGGUAUCCACGGGGACAUGAACAUCAUUCUCUGGCCAAUUCAGAGUGGCAUCCUACAUUUCUGUGGCUUCCAGGUCUUAGAACCUCAGCUGGUCUAUGGCAUUGGCCACACCCCGCCAGAUGCCCGCACACAGAUCCUGGAAGGAUGGAAGAGACGUCUGGAGACUGUCUGGGAGGAGACACCACUCUAUUUUGCUCCAAGCAGCUUGUUUGACCUAAACUUCCAGGCAGGAUUCUUACUGAAACAAGAGGUUCAAGAUGAGCAGAAAAAUAACAAGUUUGGCCUCUCUGUGGGCCAUCACUUGGGCAAGUCCAUUCCGGCUGACAACCAGAUCAAAGCUAAAAAAUAAGAUUUUUUUUUUUUCUAACAUGUAGUUAGACCCAGGUUUCAUUUUUCCCAGCUUGCCUAACUUGCUUUCAUUUUUUCCCCUUUGCUCCACCAGGAUAGGAAAAGGAGUAUUUCGCUUCAUGCAUUUUUGGAUAGUUCUCCUGUGGCUGUGACAGCAAAAUGAACCAAGUCAGAUUAGGGGCCUCAGGUGGCCUGGGAAAUGAAUCAGGGAGAGGUGUAGAAGCGUGCUGGAAAAUACUCUUCUAAGUCAUUUAUGCCAUAUGUGCCCUUUUCUUAUGGCUAGCCCUGGCUAGAUGGCACCCAAUCCUCCAUCGGUUGGUUGCCUUUAAUUACCUCUCUGUGGUUUAGUGCAGAAGGGAAUUGCUCAAAGAAAACAAUGGCUAAGGGAGUAACUUGUUUAGCAGUUAGCACUUAGCUAAAGCCUGUUUACAUACACCAUGGUUUCAAUUACUGUGCAGUGACUGACAUGCCGCCCAGGGGGAUUGCUCUCCAGCUCCUCUGUCUUGUACACAGCACACCCAGGGCCUGGGAACUGAAUACUAAAACAG